CUCAGAGUGCAAUAGUGAUCAUGUAGUUCAGUUGGCUGCCCAAUCAGCUCCUUCCACCAGUACACCAUUUGAACAGAAUGAUGCCAGAUACUUUACCUUUGAUGACAGGGACAACAUGGUUCAACCCAAGCUCAAUGAGGCGUUGGUCCCAGGACAGUCUUUGCUAUCCCGUGGCAGCCCACUCCAUUCGCCUCAGCAUUCAGAGGUCUCCACAGAGGGAGCCACAGCUUACUUCCACACAGCCCAUAACUUCCUGUCUAAUUGUUUGACUAACCAUAAUGAGACAUGGGUUGAUCAGAGAACAUCUCAACUAAUCAACUUCAGCACAACUGAUGGACAGGUGCAGGGUAACUCAGAGGAGAUUAAGGAGAAGGUGGCUGAAAAUUCCUGCAACAACAGCUAUCAAAAACAUCAGGACCAACAGUCACCAAAGUACACAGAAGGCUCCAACAAUGCUCAGUUUGACCUGCUGUCAGAGAUGGUGGACCAUCGGCUUCAGCUGUUCCUGGAUGUGGAAGUGUUUGGGGGAGAAGAGGAGUUUCGCUGCUUUUUAAAGAUGUCCAUUGUGAAGUUUGGGGAUGCAGUGGAGUUCCAUUCUCUUAUGGUUGUGUCGGACCAGUACAUCUACAUCUUAGAAAUCACCUCACAGUCUGAGUAA